GGAGGAGAGAGGAGAGGGAAGGAGGGGAAAAGAGGAGAAGACAAAAGAUUCAUAAAACUAAAGCAGCUGUGGACGACAGCAAAAGUUCUCGUAAAGCUUUUACCUCUUACAAGUUGAAGGAAUGGGCAGCUUUCCAGUGGUCCUGCUCCUCUGCAGUUUCCACGCGUUCACAGCUGUAGCCCAAACUCAGCAGGAUGAGGCCACUGUACCACCUGGAGGCACCUUGCCAGAUAACUGUAGGGAGGAGAUGUAUCCUUGCACCAGGAUGUACUCGGUUCACCGGCCCAUCAAGAGAUGUAUUGGUGGUCUUUGCAUCUACAGCCUUCCUCGUGUCUAUGUGAUCAACAAAGAGAUCUGCAUGAGGACAGUGUGCCAACAGGAUGAGUAUCUGAAAGCCGAACUGUGCAGAGAGAGGUCCGGGUGGCCCAGGCGUGUUGAGAGGUCAUCUUAUAGGAAACGCUGUCGCAAUCGCCGUAGCAACCCCAAAACCUGGGCAAGCAAAGCCUAAUGAGCCCAGGAUGGCAAUGUGACCACCGGUGAGGAUAUGAGCCCCUUAGAGACACAAAUCCAGGAGCGUAGUCAUAAAAACAGCCCAUAACACCAUAAAUCCAGCACUCAACACCUGGGGGGUGUGCUGAGUCAUAUCUAUGUUUAUGUAUUAGUCUUUUUGUGUGUGAAUAUUGAAGGUGUGCUCAUUUCAUCUGUGUGUUGUUGGACACAGAUCAUGUCUUUCAUGGUUUACGAUCCAUUUAAGGUACUGUAGUAAUGGGCCUAUAGCAGCACUAAGUCAUUUCAUUGUACAAAGAAAGACCCACUGUUGUGGAUUGGAAGGUACUCAUUGACUAACCAGUAUUAUGUGCACUAUUAUUAAAAAUAAAGCUACAUGUUUAAUGAUUUGUUGUUUUUUGCUGUUUAUUUAGGAGGGGAAAAAAACAACCAAUAAAAGUUGAUCAUUGAGUGAGA